AUGGGCAUCUGCUUGGACACUGAUCAACAAAAUGGAUCGCAGGUGUUCGAAGACAGCAAUGCUCAAAGUGUUGGAAAAUGGCGGGGUGAAGCAGGACUUCUGUCAACACCACCGAAUGGACGGUUCCCUACUCAGAAUAUUGGUCCUGUCAAAUUUGAACCACCUACAGUUCCAGUCAUUUUUGUACUUGGUGGCCCAGGGAGUGGGAAGGUGACACAUUGUGAUAAUUUAAUUCAAGAAAAAAAAGGGAUAACGCAUAUCAAUAUGACCGAUCUAUUGCAACAAUACGCGAUUGGAAACGAUGGCCAACAUGUUCCCAUAAGUAUGGGAACGAUUCCCACAGAUAUGCAAGAUUUUGGACUUCUAAGUAGUAAAACUGUUGCUGAAGUACUUAUGUUAGAAAUGAAAAUGUCACCAAACGCAAAAACUUUUCUUAUUAGUGGAUAUCCAAGGAAUAUGCGUGAUGUAGUUGAAUACUCAGAAAAGAUUCAAGUAAUAAAUGGUGUGGUUCUUGUAUCUUGGAGACAGGAAGUUCUAGAGCGACAAAUCGAUUACGGUGCUCAACUUGGUCAUGUAAUUUUAAGUUUAGCACGAAUGGAACUAAAGAAUUUUUUCAGAAAUGUUAUGCCUGUUGCUGAAUAUUUUGAUAGAAGUGGAAUGCUCAUAGAGGUCAACGGUGAAAGAAAUCCGAGUGAAGUUUAUGUUGAUUUCCGUGAAGCAAUAAUACAAAUUCUUGGCUCUCCAGAAUCAGUAUUAAGAGAUAGAACCCAUCAACCAUUAGAAGCUGAGGUGAAAGUAGAGCACACUUACCCAACUUCCGGAAAUUCAAAUCAUAUCGCGCCUCCAUCACCUACAACAAGAAUCAAUCCUGCCAAGACAGCAAAUAAAGCUAGAAAAGGACUUCCUAGUUUUAUUUGGGUUAUCGGUGGACCUGGAAGCAAUAAAUCGAAUUUGUGUACCCAAGCGAUUCGUAAUAUGCCCAAUUGGGCACACAUAAGUAUAGGAAAUUUGUUCCGAGCAAUGGCAUCGUCCAAUGCAGUUGUGAAUGAUUCCAUUGUUGCAGGUGAAAUGGUUGCACAAGAUAUUGUGAUGCAGUUAGUUGAACAACAGGUUCUUCUUAAUCGCGAUAAUGACGGAAUCGUUAUUGAUGGAUUUCCUCGAGAUCUUAAUCAAGUUCAAGAAUUCGAAAGCAAAUUUGGACAAAAACCAUCUUUAGUUCUUUUAGACUGUUCCAAGCUUCAACUGGGACGAGGAAAACUUGAUGAUAGUGUCCCAGCAUUUCGAAAACGGCUUGAAGUUUUUCGUGAAAUUACGUUACCAAUGUUGAAAACUCUUGACAAUGAUAAUCGUUUGAUAACUAUUGAUGGAGACACUGACGUACCUUCAGUUCAACAAGAAUUCGAAGCGAGUCUUUAUCAGUUAAUGCGGCAAGUGCGUCGUAAAGAAGAAGAUAAUAUACAGAGGUUUGCAACAUCAACACCAGUUGAUAAUGAUGACGAUAAUAAUCCGAGUAUAAUAAGAUCUGAUAAUACAAAUUCAAACCAUGUUAAAACAGAAAUGACUAAUGGUCGACCAAAAAAUGUCAUUGAAAAUGGCAUUAACACAAUAAGCAACCAUGUGAAUAAACAAAAAACAAAUAAUUCCAUUCAAGUGAAUAAAAUGACAAAUGGUAUCAAUCAUCGUGGAGUUAAAAAAGAAAUAGGUACAAAAAUUCGUGACGCUGUAGAUGAAAGUGCUCGAAUUACUAACGACGUACUCAAAUCUUCUCGUAAAAAUGGUAAUCACGGUCAUUUAAAUGGUGCUGCCAAUGGAGCAUCGCGAUUAUUCCAAAAUGGCAUUGGUCAUUUAGCAAAUGGGAUCCCUCCAGGAGUCAAUCGUAUAGCACCAGCACCUACAAAUUCUGUUAAUCACAAAAAUUCAAUUAAAAAAAAACAUAAUGGAAUCAAUGGUUUUCACGAAAAUCUUCACAUAUAAUUUAAAACAAAAUAUGUUCGAAGAAUUUUUAAUACA